GCCGCGGCCGCGCUUGCCCCUUCCCUCUCCCCGCCUCCCCGGUCCCCAGACUGGCUCGUGCGAGCCGAGUCCCGGGGCCCGGGGGUCGCGGCAACUCCGCUGGCGUCUGUGCGCAGAUUCUUCCCCAGUCGUAGAGGGAAUCCGCCCAGCCGCCUUGUCAGAGCGUCCUGUCCACGACCACAGAGCGUUUCGCGGUCGCACCUGGGCCUCCUGGGCCCCGGGCCUUCUUUGCUGCACCUGGGCUGCUCAGCUUCGAUUUUUCGUUUAGGGCUGCAGCCGCCCUGGCUGGGAGGUGCCAGCCACUGCCAGGUGUCAGGGCCUCAGCUGUCCCAGAAAGAGGAGUUAGACUAGUUCUUGAUUCUAGCCUAUAUACCUAGAACUAGUUGGUGGAAGAGGCAGAUCUUGGUGUUUGUUAGGGAGAACUUUCAGCAAUUGGCGUUGCCAAAAGUCUAACGGAUUGCUUCUCAUGAGCUACCCGUUACUAGAAGUGCUCAAAUAGGGACUGGAAGAACCCUUAUGUGGAGGAGAGGAGAUUCAGCAAUCAGAAGAAGGGACUGGAUAGUAAACCUUUAAGAUUCUAAUCCAUAGAUUCCAUGAGUCUGUUUCUUGGACAUGUGACCUGUACGAUUUCUUGGCAAAAGCUAGAUACUCAAAACAUGUUUAUUGAUUGAAGUAAAUUAAGGACUGAUCUGUCAUUGCAGAUUAUUCUUUUAUGGAAUUUGCCACUGGGGCCAACUAAUAAUUUUUUCCAGGGUACUUGAAAUAUAGUUUGGUUGAUAGGCAGUUCUUCAGGACGACCUCUGUAACAUGAAGUACAUGUGUUCCUAGAGCUCUGUACUGUCCUGUGUCGAGCACAGUUUACAGCUGUAUUAUCUAUUACUCUUUUUUAUCAGCCAGAUGUAGUGAGAGUGAGAAGAGUGUGAAGCUGGCAGCAUGUCUUGAUAUUCGUACUAACACCGAAACUGCAAAUUCCAGCUACUUUUGAUGGCAUGGCUAAUGUAAAAGCAGCCCCAAAGAUAAUUGACACAGGAGGAGGCUUCAUUUUAGAAGAGGAAGAAGAAGAAGAACAUAAAAUUGGAAAAGUUGUUCAUCAACCAGGACCUGUUAUGGAAUUUGAUUAUGUAAUAUGUGAAGAAUGUGGGAAAGAAUUUAUGGAUUCUUAUCUUAUGAACCACUUUGAUUUGCCAACUUGUGAUAACUGCAGAGAUGCUGAUGAUAAACAUAAGCUUAUAACCAAAACAGAGGCAAAACAAGAAUAUCUUCUGAAAGACUGUGAUUUAGAAAAAAGAGAGCCACCUCUUAAAUUUAUUGUGAAGAAGAAUCCACAUCAUUCACAAUGGGGUGAUAUGAAACUCUACUUAAAGUUACAGAUUGUGAAGAGGUCUCUUGAAGUUUGGGGUAGUCAAGAAGCAUUAGAAGAAGCAAAGGAAGUCCGACAGGAAAACCGAGAAAAAAUGAAACAGAAGAAAUUUGAUAAAAAAGUAAAAGAGGUUGUUCCCGCCUUCCUGAAUAGGCCACAAAGGGCUGAGAUUGGAGUAGACACUGUAGAGAGUAGACACAAGGAGCUUACUGUACAGUUUUCUCAGAGGCUCAGAACAGAGAGGAAUAAAACCAAGUCUAAAAGUAUUUUAGUUGAAAAGAAAUUGGAACCUGGUUCCUCUUGGUCUUCUGAUUUUGAUCCGCAAAGAAGCUGACACAGUUUACUUCUUUAUGGGAAGAAGAUAUCCUAAGGUAAAAUUUAAAGGAAGGAGGGCAUUCCAGAUCUGUAUCUAGAAAAACCAAGGUCUUCAGAAUAUGAGAGGAUACUGAAAGAAAUGAAGAGUUUGGAUGAACAUUUUUUUCUUCUAGAGGUAUGUGCACUGAAAUAAUGUCAAAGUACUUUUCAUGCUAGAAGUAUCCAUCAACUAUACAACCUUGGGCAACUUAUAACUUCUCUGUGCCUUGGUUUUCUCAUCUGUAAAAUUGGAAUAAUUCUACUUAGCUUAAAGGGUUGUGAGGAUUAAAUGUAUUUAAAGUGGUAAGAACACUGCCUUACACAUAGCCCUGUGUUUUCAUCCUCAUGACAUAAAAGCUGAAAAUAAGAUUCAAGUAGUAUUUUGAUACUACUUAUAGAUCUAAAAUGGAUUAGGGAAAAUAUGUGAUUACUUGGUGUAUAUUGAUUUUUAUAGCUGAGAUUAUACAAGACAGCUAUUAUACUCUCCCUUAGGUAAUGCCACUGUCAAAGACAAUGAUGAACUGUGUGGUAACUGGUGAGAAUAGAAAUGUAAAGUGUUGCUUUUUAUUAAAAUAUGAUUUACUUGGUUGCUUUCAAAGAACCCAAUAUAAUUUUCUUUGUAAAAUGAUUUUGACAGGAAGUAGCAGAAAAUGCUCCAAACAUUAGAAUAUGACCAGUGUCCUGGCUUCACAGUUAUCUUUGCUUAGUUUCCCAACCUGCAAAAUAAAAUCAAAACUCUGUGGUUCUUUCCAGCUCUCAAUAUUCUGUGAUUCUUAUUUUUAGCCCUCUUAUAAGAACUUCAAUAGACUUGAGGUCUUAUUGCACAAGCAGUUUUUCUAAGAUGAAAACAUACCAGCAUAGUGGUAGAGUUCUCUACUUUCUAGUUUUCUUGCAAAGCUUGACUUGAUGCUUAUUGACGUAGCUCCUGACAAGAACUUAAAAAUACUUUUUCUUAUUUCAGCUGACUCAUUUUCCUACUAUGGCAUUCUGUUAUCUGAAGUCAAACAUACCUGAAUGUGUCCUAUUUUGUUACUCAACUCACUUCUGAAUAUGGUUCCGUUUUGCAUACCACCAACCCACAUAACCAUUUCUGAAUCUCUUGUUUCACACUGCUCCAGUGAAAACUUGAUUCACAGGCCAAACUAGUGAGGUAAGAAAGUAAGUUUGCCAAGUUUGUAUAAUCAACUUUGUUAUAAAAUUAAGGUAAACUAUAUAUGGUUUAAAUACACAUAGACACACACACGUACAUUGCCGAAAGCUUGAUGGAUUUGCAUUUUUGGAUUCAGCUGAAUAGCACCACUGAAAAGAUGACUUUUAAUUUUUUUUUCUCAGAAUUGCGGCGAGCAGUAAGAAGCAGCGUGUGGAAAAGGGAGACGAUUGUUCAUCAACAUGAGUAUGGACCAGAAGAAAACCUAGAAGAUGACAUGUACCGCAAGACUUGUACUGUGUGUGGCCAUGAACUGACAUAUGAAAAAAUGUGAUUUUUUAGUUCAGUGACCUGUUUUAUAGAAUUUUAUAUUUAAAUAAAGGAAAUUUAGAUUGGUUAUGUUCAAAAUUCAAAAAAAUGCAGCGUCUUCAUAGAUGAAUGAAAUCCUUGUAUAAGUAAUGCUUCAGUAAGAAUUAUGUAUGUUAUGGCUUAAAAUUAGCACAUUUCAGUGAAGGUCGCCUGGCCUGGUUGUGUGCAGAAUGUCAUGUCUGCGGUUGCUUUCUUACAACAGAGAUGGGAGCUGAGUGCUAGAGUAGGUGAAAAAGUGGUAGGUCAGCUACAAAUUUGUGGACAAGAUACCAAGGCAAACCCUAGACUGGGGUAGAGGGAAAAGGUUUCAAUAAAGGCCACAGCUGGCUGAACUGGAUUCUUAACCAGGAAACAAAUGGUGGUGUACCACUGUACCCCAGGUUCUGGUCAUGUGUUUUUUAGGACGAUUUCUGUCUCCACGAUGGUGGAAACAGUGGGGAACUACUGCUGGAAAAAGCCCUAAUAGCAGAAAUAAACACUGAGUUGUAGGAGUCUGAUGUUUUCUGUACUCUUGGGGCCUCUAUUGUGGGCCUUAACAUUAGUCUAGAUAGCUUUUUAAAUGUUGGAUUAAAGUGGAAAAGAGCUGUUUUCA